AUGGCUCUCUCUUCUGCAAAACAAAACCAGUACUCUCCUCUUAUCAACCUCUUCAUUUCCUUUCUUUUGUUAAUCGCUUAUGCCGAGCCACUUUCCUUUAACUUCCCCAGUUUCAAUCCAAACACACCAAACAUUCACUUCGAAGGCGAUGCUUUCUCCUCAUAUAACGUUCUACAACUCACCAAGAACGCUGCUAUUGGCACUCUCACAGGUAGCACUGGACGAGCCUCUUAUAAUCAACCGCUGCGCCUUUGGGAUGCUCGUAAUGGGAAGCUAACGGAUUUCACCACCCAUUUCUCCUUCAUCAUAAAAGCAGUCAAUCUCAGUGAAUAUGGUGACGGGAUAUCCUUCUUUAUUGCACCUUUCGACUCCAAAAUCCCUUCUAAUUCCAGCGACGGCUACCUUGCACUGUUCGAUCCUGACUCUAAGUCAAACUCUUCCACUAAUAACGUCGUUGCUGUGGAGUUUGAUAGUUUCGAAAACAUAGGGGAUCCAAGUGACGAUCAUGUAGGCAUCAACAUCAACUCCAUCCGUUCAGUAAAAACAGUGCCAUGGAGAAGUAGCAUCAAGAAUGGAUCAACAGCCAACGCAUGGGUGACUUACAACUCUACCACAAGAAACCUCAGUGUUUUUCUAACCUAUGCUGAUCAACCACUCUACAUUGGGAAUUCAAGCCUUGCGUAUGUUGUAGAUUUGAGGGAGUUUUUGCCAGAAUGGGUUAGAAUAGGUUUCUCAGCAUCUACUGGGCGUCAGGUUGAGAUUCACAAUAUUCUUUCUUGGAGUUUCCAGUCAAGCUUGGAGACAAGUGGGAAAAGGAAGAACUUGGGGCUGAUUGUUGGUUUGGGUGUAGGUUUCGGUCUAGUGGCUUGUGGGUUAGGUUUGGUUUGCUUCAUCAUGUUGAGAGCAAGGGCACGUCUGAAGGACGGUGAAGCCAUUGAUGUCACCAUUGAGGAUGAGUUCGAGAAAGGGACGGGGCCAAAAAGGUUCACAUAUAAUGAACUAUGUCGAGCGACAAAUAGUUUUGCUGAGGCAGGGAAGCUUGGAGAAGGAGGAUUUGGAGGAGUUUACAAAGGGUUAUUAAGUGAUUCCAACACACAAUUGGCAGUAAAGAGGGUUUCAAGAGGAUCAAAGCAAGGGAAAAAGGAGUAUAUAUCAGAGGUGAAGAUUAUUAGCCGAUUGAGACAUAGGAAUUUGGUUCAACUCCUUGGUUGGUGCCAUGAAAAAGGUGAACUCCUCCUUGUCUAUGAAUUCUUGCCCAAUGGAAGCCUUGAUUCUCACUUAUUUGGAGGUAAAAUCAUGUUAACUUGGAUUGUAAGGUACAAAAUUGCACUCGGUUUGGCCUCGGCCUUAUUGUAUCUUCAUGAAGAGUGGGAACAAUGUGUAGUUCAUAGAGACAUAAAGUCUAGCAAUGUAAUGUUGGAUUCAAAUUUCAAUGCCAAACUUGGAGAUUUUGGUCUUGCAAGACUUGUGGACCAUGACCUGGGUUCACAAACAACUGUUUUGGCCGGCACCAUGGGCUACCUAGCCCCUGAAUGCGUCACUACGGGUAAGGCUAGCAAGGAAUCCGAUGUGUACAGUUUUGGCGUUGUGGCACUUGAAAUUGCAUGUGGAAGAAAGCCAGUUGAACCAAGGGAAGAACCAAGCAAGGUAAGGCUACUAGAAUGGGUCUGGGACCUAUAUGGAAAAGGCCAACUUCCUGAAGCUGUUGAUAAAAGACUAGGCAAGGUUUUUGAUGAGCGGCAAAUGGAAUGUUUGAUGGCAACUGGGUUAUGGUGUUGCCAUCCAGAUUACACUCGCCGCCCUUCUAUUAGGCAAGUGAUAAAUGCCCUAAACUUUGAAUCUCCAUUGCCUAGCUUGCCAUCCAAGUUACCAGUACCCAUGUAUUACGCACCUCCAAUGAGUCUCUGCAAACUUUCCUACACAUCAUCAUCAACAGGGAUCACAGAUGCGGAGAAAUGUCGAACUCAGUGUUCAUGCAGUAGCUGCUCUACUCAUACAUAUUCAUCAGCAGCAGCAGGUUCUGGGAAAGCUCUUUUAAGUUCUCAUAAGCCUAGUUAG